GUCUGCGCUGUAGUUCUCCCGCUGUUAUUUAUCCGUGUGCCAGCCCGUCACAAGUGAAGAGCAAGCUGUUGAGAACGGACCGUAACUGCGGUUGUCUUCUACAGGUGCAGGUAUCGUGGUGCCCGUGUGGUGUGUGGAAACUAGAUCAGGAAAGUAACUGUGUGUGUGUGUGUGUGCGAGAGCAGUUUCUGUGAUACUUACCAAUUUCGGUUGAUGUAUGUAGCAAAAGUACCGGUUUUAACGUUUAUUUGGUGUAAUCGAGAGAUAAUGUGCCUAGUUUCGUGAAUUCCGGAUUUAGGCUCAUUUCGUCCUUCACCAGUUUGAGAUUAAGAAAGGUUGUUUGAACCAGUCUGGUAGCGUAUAUACUUCAAACCUUCGUAGCGUCGACUCAUGAAGCCAUCUUUGAAAUUUUUCUGUAACAUUUGAUUGAAGAAAAUCUGCAGUUUUCGUUAUUUUCCGAGCUGCAGAGUUUAAAGAUAUUAUUUUGGAGCACUCCUCGAUCUUCGGACACACACACACACACAUAAAAUCCGAAGACACGUGUUCCUGUGAUGUCUGAAAAUUUUUUCCGGAGUUCUCACCGCUCUUCGAAUCUGUAGCCCGUACGCUGAAUGAAGUUCACCGGAGGGCUCCAAGUCUCGCCAUCGGUGUGGGUCUACCCAGUUAUGUGGAGGUGUUCCUCGUUUCUCGUGUUGUUGGCCGCUUUGAGAUUAGGCCUAACUCAAGAUUCAAUAAAAGAUGGAGGAUUCUUAUUGGACCCUCUGCCAGAAGAAGAUUCUGAACCUUCCAUUGUACCUAUCUUCGUGGAGGAACCCCAAGAUAGCUACAUAGUAAGAAACAAACCCGCUGUCCUCCACUGUAAGGUCCGCCACGCCCUCCAGAUCUACUUUGAAUGCAACGGUAAUCCAGUCUAUGACCGUCAACAUAGUCAACAACAGUAUGUAGACCCCAUGACCGGCAUCCGCCAAUUGGAGGUUUCGGUGGAUGUCACCCGGGAAGACGUGAAAGACUCUGAAGAUUCAAAUGGUUUUCACUGCGUGUGUCAUUCGUGGUCGUCAACCGGUCGGUCUCACAGUCGGAAGGCUCUCAUUAAGAUAGCAUACUUAAAGAAGCAUUUCAUCAACCAGCCCUUGAGUACCAGUGUUGAAAUAGAUGGACAAAUUUCCUUACAAUGCUUACCUCCAGAGGGCGUGCCGCCGCCAAAAGUGUUUUGGCUACGUAACGGAGUAACUAUUGACACGAAUAAAGAAACAAACUUCAUAAUCUCGAACGAAGGUAACCUACUGAUCAGUCAAGUACGGCUAGCGGACAUGGGGAACUAUACCUGUGGGGCUCGAAAUGUAGCCAAUCAACGUUUUAGUGAGACAUCCUCCGUAACUGUCUACGUAAACGGAGGCUGGUCCACGUGGAGCCCGUGGAGUGAAUGUACUAGUCGCUGUGGCCGAGGGGUAAAACUGAGGACCCGUAUGUGCACCAACCCGACUCCCCUCAAUAGCGGUCAUCAAUGUACAGGAGAAGCCGCCCAGAAGGUUGACUGUACGAUGUUAUGUCCAGUUGGAACGAAUGAAGUUAAUGGUAGAACUGCAGUCGACGGUCGUUGGACUUCGUGGUCAUCCUGGUCAACCUGCGGUUUAGACUGCAGACAUCAUCGCCGUCGUACCUGCGCAAACCCUAAGCCUGCUCAUGGUGGCCGAUAUUGUGAAGGCAAAGACUUAACGACAGGCAAUUGUACAGGAGGAAUGUGUAGAGGUGGUAGAGACAGGGAUAAUCUGGUGCCUUAUGGUCGAAGUCGCAGUGAAGAAGCUAUUCCAGCUACAUCAAACGCCAAUAUCGCCCUGUAUAUCGGACUCUUCGUUGCUUUAGCUGUGUUUUUGAUGGUUCUGGUUGCCAUGAUAUUCAUCGUUCGACGCAUUAAAGGCAGAGAAUCAACUAUCUAUGAUACUGGAGAAAGCGUCCAACCCGACUUAACACAAAACGUUUUGAGUGUAUCCCCACACAUACGAGAUGGAAGUCAUAACGAGUUACACAGUAAUGAAAAGUCGGGUCUACUGCCCGCUCGAAUAAACCCCCUCCUCCCUACUCAACGAUGUAAUACUCCCAGCUCAACAGAAAAACUCCCAUGUACGGAGUCAUCGAAUUCUGGACCUUCGUCAGCGUCUGGAUCCGAGUACGAAUCAGACACGAUAUCAAACCGGAACUCAGUGGCAUCUGCUGUGCUGCCCCCUGGCGUCGAUAUUGAGUGUUUAGCGUGGAAAGUUGUCACUAAAGCUGGAGCUAGAAUAUCACUGCCACAUUCCGGAAUAACAGUUACUGUACCCAAGGGUGCAAUAAAGAAAGGAGCUAAGGAGGAAGUUUAUGUGGCUCUCUUAAGAGAAGACAAAGAUCGGCCAAGGUUAACUGAGAAACAAACUAUUCUCAGUCCUGUUGUUCAAGUUGGGCCUCCUGGUGUCAACUUACAAAAACCACUGAUCAUCAGUUUUCAACACUGUGCUAACCUUAAUCCUAACAAAUGGAACUUGAGUGUCUUCUUCAGCGAUUUUUCUGAAGACGAAGGAGAGGAUUCGAUGUGGAGGGAGAUUGUUACACUAGGUCAAGAGACUAUCAAUACACCUCUUUACUGUCAAUUAGAUGCUCAACAGUGCCACCUAGUGACCGAUAAUUUAGCCCGUUAUACAUUAGUUGGAGAAUCGUUACCUGAACAAAAAGCCAUUAAGUCUCUUACAUUGGCAGCGUUUUCUCCAGCAUUGCACUCAUCUAUGGAUUACAGCAUACGUCUGUAUUGUGUGGAAAAUACCAAAGCCGCAUUGCAGGGAGUGGUUGAAGUGGAACGAGAGUUGGGUGGAAAAUUAUUAGAUACUCCCAAAUUGAUGUGGUACCAGGAUGGAGGAUCCAAUCUCUGUUUCUGCCUGGAGGACAUAGGCCCUGGAUGGCGGUGCAAGCCUGGUGCUAAUUAUCAGGAGAUUCCGUUCCAGCAUGUGUGGAGUGGAACACAGAACCAACUCCAUUGUUCUUUCACGUUAGAGCACGUGGACCGCUCACUUCAGACAAUUCGAUGUCAUAUUCUGGUGUAUCAACGAGGCGUUCAGGCACAUCGCCAGUUACUCCGAAUCAACACUGACUUGCGUGAUAAAUUACCUUCAGCUCCUGCGAUAGCACUCUCACCACCAGCGCCAUCUAUCUGCGCGUCGAUUAAAACUGUGGGUGGUAUAAACUCAGUAAUGCAGAUAGACAAUCCUGUAGAGGGAUUCAGGAUUUCCCCUGCAAUCUGCAAGAAAUUAUGUGCCUGUUUUGAUCCUCCAAAUAGCAGAGGCAAUGAUUGGAGGAGUUUGGCUCAGGAGUUAGGUGUAGACAGGUAUUUAAAUUAUUUUGCAACUAAAGCAAGCCCAACUGAGCACAUACUUGAUCUGUGGGAAGCAAGACAUAGAGAGCCAACAGCAUUAACCGAUCUUAUGAACCUGUUCAGGGUAAUGGGACGUAAUGAUGCUUCAGCAGUAAUAGAAAAAGAAGCUGGACCAUGGCUUUAAAUGAUUAUCCAAGUCAGUUGCAAUGGUGCUAUGCUUAGCUUCUGUCUACAGUGAAAGAGCUUACUUCUUAGCUAUAAACUCUGCAUUUACAUAAGGAAUAAAAGUAACUGAAUCAGCUUAAAUGUGAUGAUGAAAAGUUCGGCAAGAAGAAAUACAGCUUUUAGCUUCAUUAAUUCAGUCUGAAUUUAUUAAAGAAACAAAUCUAUGCAGGUCCUUGGUGCCAAUUCAACUUUGAUGAAGUUAAACUGCAAAAAGUUUUGUGUGUAUUUACUGCUACAAGAAAACUAGAACAUUUUUCAUUUGUUUUUUCAAGUUAGAGUUUUUCCAUGUAUAUAGUGUAUAAUACCAGUAUUUAUAUAUUUGUAUAUAUCUUGUGUGUGCCUGAUAUAACACUUAGUAUUGUCGAAAGAAAAGCGUUUUCUAAAUUUUAACUGUGCAAGAUUCCAACAGUACCCUCAAAAGAAAAAAAUACAAGUUUCUAUUUUAUUACAUUUUAGAAACGUUCUAUAAUAUGACAUUGUUAGAAAAUACAUGUUCUAAGUCAUUGUAUUAAGUAAGGCCAACUUUAUCUCAAACUUUAUAAUGGUAACUUUGGAUUUCUUAGCAGUUUGCAUAUAAAGUAGUGGAAAAAAAAAGAAUCAUUUCUUAGUAAUAAAGAAUAUCUGAUAAAUUUAUUAAUCAUUCAAAAAACAUUGAAAUGUUCAAUUCAAAAAAUGUAAAUUACAAUAACUAGGGUAUAAUGUAAUUAUCAUCAGGAUUGCACAUUUGUUCUGAUCUGGAAAGUGUGAAUAACAACAAACUUGGUCAUCUCAAUUUUUAUGAUCUUGAAUAAAAGAAGCCUGAGUUUUCUAAACAAAGGGGGACAGCUUCUUAGAUUUUUUUUGUAUAGUGUUUUCAUGUAAACUUUGGUAUAAAAUUCUAGAAACAUUUA